UUUAGCACGAGAUUUUCGAACUAAGACUAUCUAAAAGACGAUGUGAAUAAAAAUGAACAUCUAAAUUGCUAGAGGAGAGCUUGUUUUCCGUAGACGACCGAGAGUGGUUAUCAACUCCACUUCAGAGAGGCGUAGCACAGCUGUUUGCGUUGUGGGUAACGAGGAAUUGUAUAGGGCUGACUGCGCAUGCCAAAUGCACAAAACGUGGUCCCCCCAACUAGCGCGACCAAGCUUACUUAGGCUUAGUCGGAAAACACAGACUAGAAGUGUUGUUAACUUUUUGAAGACCGUUACUGAUGUGAAUGUUGCAGGAUACAAACCCUGGACAUUAACCUACAUAAUGUUGCUUCGACUCAAGGCGCCCAUGAUGUUCACGCGGAGAAUUUUCCAAUCCACUCCUUUCGCUGCACCAGCGUCUGUGGCUGCGAGUCUUACCGCGACUGGACCUAUUGAGGAGGAACGCGCCCCGCGAUAUAACCCAAGCCAUUUCUACCCGGUCCGCCUGUACCAAGUUUUGAACGAUAGAUAUCAAGUUGUCGCGAAACUCGGUUGGGGCACAAGUUCAACUGUGUGGCUGGCACAAGAUUUGCAUCAAUGGCGCUGGCUACCGCGGCGUUAUGUUACAAUCAAGGUCAGCGCGAAUAAUUACGCCGAUAAAAAGUCAGCCGAGACGGAAUUACGUAUCACAGAGCACAUUACAAAAGCGAAUCCCCAACAUGUUGGUUAUGACUUUGUACGAACUCUGCUCGACUCAUUCGAACUACGUGGGCCAUGUGGCACACAUGUGUGCCUGGUCUUUUAUACUUUACGAGAGCCUCUUUGGAUAUUCAAACAACGCUUUCAAAACGACGUGCUACCCUCGGAUGUCCUUAAGCUAAUAGCCACAAUGGUGCUUCAAGGACUUGAAUACCUUCACAGUGAAUGCCAUGUCAUCCACACCGAUCUUAAAUCCGAUAAUAUCCUAGUUGGAUUAAGGGACGAAUCCAUAUUGGAAAUUGUUGCACGCGAGGAAUUUGAGCACCCUCUCCCUCAGAAGAUUCUGGAGGACCGGAUAAUCUAUCUAUCUCGAAAUGGACUUGGUUUGCAGACAAAAGGGAUAGGAAGACCAGUGAUUACUGAUUUUGGUCUUGCUGUACGUGGGGAUGUAUCUCAUCCGUAUUAUCAUACCAUUCAACCAGACGACUAUCGUGCCCCAGAAAUUAUCCUCACCGCAGGUUGGAGUUACAGUGCAGAUAUAUGGAACGUUGGUGUUCUGUUAUGGGACUUGCUUGAAAAAGAUGGUAUCUUCGAGGCGCUUAAUCCGCACAAAAUGGAGUAUACGAGCGAGAGGCAUCUGGCGCACAUGAUCGCACUAUUGGGACCGCCACCGAAAGAGCUUCUCGACCAAGGAAGCGAGAGUACAAAGUAUUUUGACCAUAGUGGUGCAUUCCGAUAUCCAGAAUUGAUCCCAGAAGGUCUCUCCUUGGUAGAUUCUCUAAAUCAGGUCGAAGGUGAAGACAAAAUAUCAUUCCUAGACUUUAUCAUGAGAAUGUUACGAUGGCAGCCAGAAGAGCGCAGCAGUGCAAAAGACUUACUCGCCGAUCCAUGGCUCAGAAUUAGCUAGUGAUAGCCUGCAUUUUGCCUGGCGCCGCUAAACAGGAAUAAAAUUUGAUUCAUGCCCUGAGAGACACAAAUAUUGAUGUCUAUAGUCAUACUUAUUAGAAGUUCACAGCCUACAUACAGAUAUAAAACAGGCAUUUAGAUAGAUUCAGAAACAAUAACAUUAAACAACCGACCCGUCUGGUCACGCCUUGGCGCCCUUGGUUUGUUUGUUGAGUGGGACUUGGCAUUGAUGUCUUGAAACACCAAAGACAGACAGGGUUUUCGCGGAGGUUGCUCUUCAGAUAUCUCCACAAUUACAGGUCAGGGAUCUUCCAAAAUCAAGAAGAUUGGCGCAUAUGGCUAGGUCUCUUCACCUUACAAUUUGUAUGGCAAUUUGACACGGGGUUGUGGUGUGGUAGGGGGAAACGGGGGAUAAUCCCACACAGGAGUUCGAACCACAUCUGGUUCACGUUCGGCUGGACACCACACGGGGUAUGCGGUCGGCGAUGGGGUCAAAAUGCUCGUAUGAUCGAGGGCUCUUCGAUGGAUCUAUCGGCGGGUUCUUAUUCGAAAAAUUGAGCGAGUUCGUGGUGAGGCGGUCUGUCCUUGUUAUUGUUGAUAUAUCAAGUAUCAUUGCUGAGAUAUCUUUUUAUAUCUUGAUUUAAUUUAACAGAAUGCUCAUUCUGCAAUUCAGAUUAAAAUUCUGAGUAUAUUAUAAUGCAUUGUGUAUUAUACAAUAGUCUCAGGGCUAGAUUGAAA